AUGCCACCCCAGCAAGCCACCUCCUCCACUACAACCCCAGCUAGUGACGAGCAAAUCCAGACCCAAAAAGACAAGAAGCUGUCCACCCUCCGCGCAUCCAUCGCCAGUCUACAAUCUCAAAUCACAGAAACAGAAUCGCAAAUAGAACAGACCAAGGCCAAAUUGAAAAUGGACCCAUCCACGACGGUCAAAAGACACAUUUGUCUUCUCCAUGAGUACAAUGAAAUCAAAGAUAUCGCGCAGGGGUUGAUGGGUCUGAUUGCAGAUGCUCGUGGUGUACGGCAGGUGGAUGUGCAGAGGGAGUAUGGGUUAGAUGAUCGGGACUGA